CCCCGCGCCCCGCCCCGCCCCGGCCCCGCCGGCCCGUCCCCCACCCCCCCACUUCCUCCGGCCUCCAGCUCUCACUUCCUUCUUGAGCCCAGAGCCGCCGCCGCCGCCCCCAGCUCCCCCGUCGCGGGGAGGGCACCAGGUUACUACUUCCAGUGGAGUCCAGAAGAGGGAGGAGGCAUUGCCUCCACUCAGGCAGCUUUACACACAAUGCAGAGCAUCAAGUGUGUGGUGGUGGGUGAUGGGGCUGUGGGCAAGACAUGCCUUCUCAUCUGCUAUACAACUAAUGCCUUCCCCAAGGAAUACAUCCCCACUGUGUUCGACAAUUACAGCGCCCAGAGUGCAGUUGAUGGGCGCACAGUGAACCUGAACCUGUGGGACACUGCGGGCCAGGAGGAAUAUGACCGCCUCCGCACCCUUUCCUACCCUCAGACCAAUGUCUUUGUCAUCUGUUUCUCCAUUGCCAGUCCACCCUCCUAUGAAAAUGUGAGGCACAAGUGGCAUCCAGAGGUGUGUCACCACUGCCCUGAUGUGCCUAUCCUCCUGGUGGGCACCAAGAAGGACCUGAGAGCCCAGCCUGAUACUCUACGGCGCCUCAAGGAGCAGGGUCAAGCACCCAUCACACCGCAGCAGGGCCAGGCACUGGCCAAGCAGAUCCACGCUGUGCGCUACCUCGAGUGCUCAGCACUGCAGCAGGACGGCGUCAAGGAGGUGUUUGCUGAGGCUGUCCGGGCAGUGCUCAACCCAACACCGAUAAAGCGUGGGCGGUCCUGCAUCCUCUUGUGACCCUGGCACUCAGCUUGGAGCCUACCCCUGUCCCCCCACCAGUUGUGCCUUGGCGCCUUGUCUGCUCCCAGCUGUGCCUUAAGGACUAAUUCUGGCACCCCUUGCCAGGGGACUCCCUGAAUGCCUUUUAUUCCUUAAGAAGGUACACAGGGAAAAGGGCUUUGGGCCCCGCCCCACUCUGCUUGGGAAUACCAAGUAUUCCAUGAGUUCACCUAAGCCAGGUUGACCUUUCCAAGAGGCCAACCCAGUGCUGCCUUCCAUUUCCUGCUACUGACCAGUUCAUCCAGCUUUCCAUAAAGUUGUUGCUGCCUAUUGUGGUGCCUCCUCUCAGGUUAAGGGCUCUAACCUCUCUGCCUUUGCUCUUGGAGUAGGCUCUCCAAGAUAUUCUUUCCCUCCCCCAAGGGAAGAGCCACAGAACCCUGAGAAGAAAAAUGUCCUAACCUGCCCCAUAUGCCCAGGCCUUAUGUGUCUGCUGACUGACUCAGGCCCCGUGCUCCUGGGGGCCUUUCCUACCCCCAUCAGCAUCAAUAAAACCUCCUGUCUCCAGUG